AUAAACCGUAGUGGCGUCCCUUCUUGUUGUCUUUUAUCGGAAGCCAUGGCUUUCUGACCUGAAACUAUUAUUUAUAUCUAAAGAAAAACGUUUAGUAAUUCACAUGCCGCAGCUUCACGAUGGAGCUAUAUUCUAUAUUUUUAGUUCUUAUGUGCCUUUUUGGGUCGGGAUUGGCUUUGGAGUGUUAUGUCUGCGCUGAUCAGCCUGAUAAUAAAGACAAAUGUGUGAAGACGACAGUACAGUGUGAGGAGAGCCAAGACACGUGCCUGACCCAUAUAGAAUGGAGAGCGCCAGACUUCUGGACACCUCGCAGUGAGAAGAUGUUCUAUGUCCACAAGGCCUGCCACACCUCUACGUACUGCGCCAACAUGCAGAGGGAAGUGGGCAUCAGGUGCAUGAGGGACUGGUACAGGGACUGGGAGUGUUACGAAUGCUGCGGUGGUGACCGCUGUAACUUUUAUGUCACUCUUGGCUCAACGUCUGUCAUUCCCAGUUUCAUCUUACUAGUAGCGUCCUUGGUUGCUGUUUUGAUUUCCCAGUUGCGAUAAAACUGUUCUAUUUGAAACUGUUUGUGUCUUGUAUCUGUCGGUAGUGCGUGUCAUGUGUGUAGGUGAAAUGAUGUGCCUGCUGUGUAUCUGAACCAAAAAUAACAACUGCUGCUGUAUACUUUGUGUUCUGUUUGAUGUGUGAUGUCAUUUGACUCCAAGCUCAUACUUGUUAUCGCGAAAUAUCGUCUGAAAGAAUGCAAUGCAUGGUGAGUGGGUUAUCUAAGGUCGCUUUCUGUUGCCUGCACUUCUAUUUGGUUAAACUUACUGCAGCUCUAAAGGACCUGUUCAUAUGUUUUUUCAGAAGGUGCAUAUAGUUAAUAACAUAGAAAAAUAUCUUUUUCUGUGUGUGGCCUUGUAAAGCUCAAUGGAAAUGAAGUCAUGUCAUGUAACUCAGUAGGUUAAGGUGUUUCUUGACAAUAAGUUUAUCAGGUCUUUGAAGUAACAAAAUGGAAUUGUUGAGCCCAUUCCAAUGACAGUCUGAAUUUUGUUGUCAUUUGUAAAUAGAUUUUUUGUACAUAAACUUUCUGUGGAACUUAUCAGGAUUUAUGAUUCCUGUAUUUUUAUCAUGUUUACAUUAUUGACUAAAGGUUGAAUAUUUCUUCUCUCUGAGUUUUUUAAAAGGUCUACUGUAACAUUCCAUUUUCUGUAAUUUUCUUUGUCAUAUUAGGCAAUGAAUAAUAGAAGCCAUUCCCAAGAUAAAAUAACAUUUAUUGUAGUAAACUCUAACAUUCCAUAUUAGAUUUUUUAACAUGCCGGUAUAGAGCCAUGCUCACUGUCAAGAUAUAACUAUUUUAAUAUUGUAAUUUAUACACAAUUUUUGUGAAUAAUAUAAAGAAAAUUUAUGUAUGCAUAUUAAAAUAUUAAAAGCUAUGAAACUAGAACGAUGAUGGCAAGCUAUGUGUCAUAACAUUUGUCAUUAAUUUAACAAGAUGAUGAUAUUUGUGUUUCAUUUAGUUAGUUCAUUAAAAAAUACAAAAUUGCCAAACGAAAAAUAUGUUAUAUUGAUUGAAAACUUAAGAUUAUGAUAUAUGUUACAAAAUGCCUGCAGGAUAAUGUCAGCAUAGAUUUUUAAAAAGAUGUUUUCAUGUAUUAAAGUUAAACCGUUUCAACCUUGAUGUUGAACCUUGUUAUACAACGGUUUUUAAUUAUUUUUACAAAUCUACAUUUAUUCCUUUUUGUUUUUGUAUAUCUAUAUUUAAAAAAAAAUAUUUAUCAUUAACUUGAACAAAGCAUUUUUUUUUUUUUUAGAUUCAUUCGAUUUUUUGCUGUGUUGUAGUUUAAAAAAAAAAGUAAAAUUGGGGAGUGUGAGUUGGCUCUCUGUCACUAUUGAAGAUCCAGAAAUCACCUGAAUCUGACUGCUUUGAUUGACGGCGCAGUCAUAAACUUUGGACAGUAGCAAUCACUUGAUAAGAUUACUGUUAUCUUUGAAUUAAAGAUAGGAUGGGAUCAAACUAGUGAUAGGGUCAAUCUAGAAAAUAUUCUUCUGGGAAGCGGGGAUGGUGCAGUGAAGACCGAAAUCAUUCCCUAUCUGGCCCCCAAAUCUUUUAUCCAUGGUGCAUGAAGAAACCAUAGAGGGUUGAUACUUCUGGAUUCUUGCGAUUUUUUUUUGUUUUUUUUGUGGUAAUUGUGAAAUCAAUGACCCUUUGGUUGAAGAAAGGUUGUGUAGCACUUUUAUAGUGACUUGAGCACAAUAUGUUAGGAGCAAUUUUUAUUCUCUGUAAUUAUAGGGUUAAACAAAAUAUUUUUAUUGAUAUGACUGGAUAUUCUGUUGAACCUAUCUAGCUCGAGGAACCUGCUGGAUUUUUAGAAGGACUGGCUUAGAACCAUUGCAACAACUUUGUUGUAUACAUCCUGGCUGCAUGGUCAUGUCUUAUGCACACUAGACUGUCGUUUAGCCAUCACUGUGGGCCCAGGUUCAUACUCUGUCCCCUUUCAUGAAGGACUAGCCUACAAACCUGUAAAAACAAACAUCCUUACUUCUUAAAGGAACAAAGGAAGGGAACAAAUAGUAUUUUCUGUCCUCUGUGUUGGUUGCUUUCUUUUUAAAUUCAAAAGCUCUUAGUUGCAUUAAUUUUAAUUAGAAUCUCUACAAAAAAUCAAAUGGUUUUGAUUAGUAAAGAAUUGAAACCUUGACAUGUUUUUAUUUUUCUUAUAUAUUGUAUUGUCCUAUUACUUUCACUUUGUAUAACUCAUAUACAAUAAUAAAUAAUGAGAUUGUAGAUAGCCAACAUUUCUCAUCCUAAAGCAGACCAAUGUAUAUGUUAUCAAUGGUAGAAAGAAAUUAAAGAAUGAAGACUUUUUUUUGUCUAAUUGUAUACAUAUUAUUUCUAAGGAAUUGACAUAAAUAAACUGUUAAAAAAAAUAAUUUCCUCUCUUGUAUAUAUGUCAUUCACUUUGAGCAGCAAAAUUUUUAAGUACAUUAAUAAAAAGUUGAAAAUUG